AGAGGAAGUAAACAAUGAAAAUGUUUUUCUUGCCUGCUUUUCUCUUGAUCAGGACUGCCUGCUCUGAGGCUAACUUUGCUUUAAUGUCAUUAGAUCAUGAACACAUGUUAACCAUGUUUUUACAAAUGGACCUAAAUGGAUAUUUCAAAGUGUUUAAUGAAAGCUUCUUGAAGCAUUUUACUGAUAAUGUGUUUAAGUGCUUGUGAGAUAAUUAAUCAUAACUCUGCCUCUUUUUUGCUACAGUGGCACUUGUUUUCUGCCAGCUCCGAAGUCUAACCUUAAUCCCAGUAACGAAUUUUUAUUGCCUUACAACAUUGACUCAAAGUAGAUUUAAAGUGGCUUUUUUUUGACACUUAUCAACAGGAAAAAAGUCAAAGUGAAAGCCGAUGGCUACAAAGUCAUCUAACUUAAUAACAAAUAUAAAACACAAAAUACUUGUUUGCCUAAGUAUUCACUCCGUUUAAAGGACACCUAAAUCAUCACUGGUGCAGCCAGUUUUCACGGCAGAUAUUUUGUUUUGUCAAAACAGGAAAAGCACAAGUGGAAUUGAUAACAUGAAUGAUGGAUGCAUCCACCUGUGCUUUUCCUACUUUGACAAUUCAAAAUGUCUUCUGUGAAGAAGGUAUUGGUUAUAAAAGUCAAAUAACUAGUUCAGAGGAGAUCGCGUGUGUGUGGUCAGCCAACAGGUUUCAACUGAUUGUAGUAUAAAUACACCUGUAUCUGGAAGGUCCAACUUUUUGGUGAGUCAGUAUCGAGGCAAAAUCUGCACCAUGAAGACAAAAGAACACUCUGAGCAACUCUGAAAAGCACAAGUUAGAGGAUGGAUACAAGAAAAUUUCCAGGUCACUGAACAUCUCUUGGAGUACAAUAAAACAACAAAAACAUGAAAAAUUCCAAGGGGGGUGAAUACUUUGUAUAGGCACUCUAAGUCUGUCCUUUGUGGCUAUGGCGUUGACAAAACUCAAAAUUAAUGUUGGUAAAGUCCUCAAGUACCUCUGUGAAAUUAGGCCGCAUGCCCAUCUUGCAUUUAGGUGAUCCAAGUAUAACAAAAACGUAUUUUUCACAUUGACAGCGAGCCCAGGGAUUAUAUAGCAAUAAUUAACAAGCAGGUAGUGGCUGAGUCACCAGACCAAGUGACCUGUGAGGUUUUCAUAUUCAAAUAAAUAGCAAUAACAAAUAAAAUUUAUAUUCCCAAUGGUUCCAAUGAUGCCAAUUCAAAUAGAUGAGGUGUUGCUACCCGCUGCAAAUAUAAAAAGCUGUUAGGUUGGUUUUUAAUGGCUCAUUUACAUGACCGUGACAGAACAGUGGCUCUGGUUGAGAAAUUCUGGCUAAAACUGUGGGAAAGACAUGCAGAUUAUGUAAUUCCUCUAAUUUGUUUUUACUAGUUCAGGACAUUUGUGUGUCUUUUGCUCCACACCAGUAAGGCCAUCACUUAAACUUCCCUAUAUAGGUUAACACUCUUCAUUUUGAUUAAUGGAUAAACCCUUUUAGCUCCCGUGUGGUCCUUAACCAUGUUUCUGGGCCAUUCAUACCACCACCACUACUUACCUACUUGUCUGGAGUUUGUGUAACAAACAACACAUUUAAUUCCAUUACCAUUGCAGUGAAUCACCGUUUGUUUUUUUGUCUCAUCAUUUGUUGAAAACUAUCUGAGAGCAUCACACUGCUGCAUCACCCUACCAGGAAAUUAAACUGAACCUUGGUGCAGUUGUGUAGUUUUGACUAAUGAAGUGGAGGCAGGAUGGUGAAGAGAGAGAGGCAGAGAGAAAGAAGAGGCUAGAGAGAGAUGAUGCUUAUGACUUCCCACCACUGAUGUCAAAAGGUAAGAAAUUUGCAACAAGAGGAUUCAAUACCAACUUGAAGUUGAAUUCUUAUUAGAUUUUUCAGGAAAAGUUAGUAUGUAGCAGUGAUGAUAUGUAAAUGUAGGAGUUAUAUAGACAUUAUUUGUGGUUAAAACCAAACUAUCCUUUACACAUGUGACCAAAAUUAAACUCAGCCACAAUUAGAUCAAAGAAAAUAGGCUAGUUACUUAAUCUCUUCUCAAGUGACAAAGCACUCGAUUAUCAUGGCCCACAUCCUCAAUGUGUAGCGAUAGUCUGUAGCGCUGUAGCUUUGGCCAUUGGCACAAACAUGCAUUCAGGCUAUCUUAUCUAGUGUAAUAUCUUCCAACAAGAGAUGCUAAUGGAAAUGCAUUUACUACUGCACGACACAUGUGGAACCAACAGUUUUUAUGCUCAUACCAUGCAGUUUAAACCAGAGCACCUAAUAGCCCAUCAGUGAUGCUGAACCUGCAUCUGAGUGCAACAGCAUCCUUCUGUCAGUGUGUGCACUACAUAAAUACCUUUGCUGUACUUGUUGACCCUUGUAACAGGUAGUAUCUGCACAGAUUAUGCAGUAGCUGACUAAGCUGCCUCUGCCGCUGAAUGUUAAUGCAUUUUGGGUUGUCAACCGUUGAAAGAGGACGUGAGUAGCUAAUUGAUUACUCCUCAGUGCUUCCUUGGUGUUUUGUCAUACUCACUCACACCAAGAAUGCGCAGUACCAAAACACUAAGAAACUACUAUGUGUUUGUUGCUUGGAUUGUGUAUUUUCAAUGUGCAAAAAACCCCUACUGCUCCCGUACCCAUGGUCCACAUUUGUGCGCUUGUCAUCUGUGCCUCUAAACUAACAAGACCAGACUCCAAGGGACAGAAAUAAAAUAUGUACCUUGUGCGAAGUGGAAGGUAUGGUAUGUUCCCUCUGAACCCAGCUACAAGCACCCAAAGGAUCAAGCACCUUUAAGGCAACAUGUGUGACUAUACCAUUAUGUAGAGAAAUAGACCUAGACUGUAGACCUGUUCCUGACUACGUGCCUUUGACAAGGACUGACACCUCUGUUGGGUCAGAAUCACAUAACAUUGAAAAUGUCUUACACCUUCUGUGCCACCCCUGUACGGCCGCUAGGGCGCGCCAAACACCAACUAUGGGUAACAUCAAUUCAGGGAGGUUGUCAUUGAAAACACCUUCUAAAACAUAUGACAUCAUAGGAGUUUUCAUUAACACGUGGUAGCCUGAUUAAACUUUUGAUGUUAGUAUAUACUGUGAUUGACUACAUGUUAAGCAUCUAUUUCCGUGUGAUUAUCUGGAAAGAGCUACUUGAGGCAAUUCAGGCUUUAGGUCAUGACGGAGAGACCUCAGCUUGAGCUGAAUUAGGAGCAGCAUAAGCUAAUAGUUUAAUGAUAUUUGACGCAGUCAGGGGCUCAAUUAGUGUGAUGCUUGAGCAUCUUUGACACAAUGACUAGUGAAAGUAAAAGCGCAGUAGUUUGCAAGAAGUCACGUCCACCCCUCCCUCUGUCCCUCUCCCCUUUUCUCUCUCCCUCUCUCUUCUUCUUCUCUCCAUCUCCCCUCUGUCUCUGAUUGGUUUUCUCCAAAGAUAAUUGGAGGCAAAAUUUGAUAUGCUCAAUGUCAUGGACAGGAAUGAGGUUUCACCGGCGUCUGCUGCCACCAUGAAAAAGAAGGCGAAAGGCGGCAGUGGAUGCAGCCGUAUCAGCGCACCCAAGGCUGCGGCGUCCAAAUGCACAAGAAGCAACAGCAGCCAGAACUGUCUGGACUCCGGCUCUCCCGGCGCACCGAGCGGUAAGCAUCCCGGUGCGGCCAGCAACGUCGUGAUGGACGAGACGGAGGACGGAGAAGAGGAGUCCAAGUUUCAGCAUCCGCGUUUGCGCCGAGCCGGGGGGAGCGGCAGUGGCGGAGGUGGAGGAGGAGGAGGCGGCAGUAUCAGGAUGAAGAACUUUACGCCAGGAGGGGGAGCCGCGUCCUCGGGUUCCAGGAGAAACUCCAACAAGGAGCCCUGCCAUACGCACACAGAGGACGCUCCCGCCGCCCCACGGCCCAGUGCUGCUUCCAGAGCUACCGAGACCCAGACACCCUGUCCGGGCGAUGCUGCCCAGCGCGGCGAGACCAGCAGAGCAUCUGGGGCGGAGGCGUCGGAAUCAGCGGUCGCGGUAGAGAUUUUCAACGCGACAGCGGGUGAUGGUUGCAACAGCGUCGGUCCAAUUUCCAGCAUGAAAUGCAACAAAAACGGAGAAUGCAGGAGGGACUCUGGUACCGGGAGCCUGCGCUCAAUCAUCUCCAAGCAGGAGAAGCAGACCGGGGGGGCGGGGAGGGCCGAGGACGGAGGGAGCGCCAAGCGAGGAGCCUGUAACUCGACCACCGCCAGCAUGGACGGCUCGAUCACACCAGGCGGGUCCCUGACCGGGGGGCAAGGAGGAGAGAGCGCAAACCCCGGUGCUACCCCCGUGUCCAGCGGUGUCCCCGAGAAAAAGGACUCCAAGGUGUCCUUCUCUAACGCACCAAGCCGGAAAGCCUCAUCUUCGCUGCACGGCCCGACUCAGACUCAGAGCCAGCAGCCCAGGAACUCUGUCACUUUCCAGAAGCCGGAGGAUGGACCGCCAAUUGUGCCCGCAGAGGACGCGGAGCCUCGGGGCAGCCAAGCCAGCUUCAUGCAGCGGCAGUUUAGUAGUAUGCUGCAGCCUGGAGUUAACAAAUUCUCCUUACGCAUGUAUGGUAGUCAAAAAGCAGUAGAGAGGGAGCAGGAGAGGGUAAAAUCAGCUGGAAAUUGGAUUAUCCACCCUUACAGCGAUUUCAGGUUCUACUGGGAUUUCACAAUGCUGCUGUUUAUGGUGGGCAACCUGAUCAUCAUCCCCGUGGGCAUCACCUUCUUCAAGGAAGAGACCACUACACCCUGGAUCAUCUUCAACGUGGUCUCCGACACCUUCUUCCUCAUGGACCUGGUGCUCAACUUUCGCACUGGAAUCAUCAUUGAGGACAACUCAGACAUCAUUUUGGACCCUAAAACCAUUAAAAAGAAGUAUCUAAAAACUUGGUUUAUUGUGGACUUUAUCUCCUCCAUCCCAGUGGAUUACAUAUUCCUCAUAGUGGAGAAAGGGAUCGACUCGGAGGUGUACAAGACUGCUCGGGCCCUGAGGAUCGUCCGCUUUACCAAGAUCCUAAGUCUUCUGAGGCUGUUGAGGCUCUCCAGAUUAAUACGCUACAUUCACCAAUGGGAAGAGAUUUUCCAUAUGACCUAUGACCUGGCCAGUGCGGUGAUGCGGAUCUUUAACCUGAUUGGUAUGAUGCUGCUUCUGUGUCACUGGGAUGGCUGCCUACAGUUCCUGGUUCCCAUGCUGCAGGACUUCCCCUCAGACUGCUGGGUGUCCCUCAACAAGAUGGAGAAUGACACCUGGUCAGAGCUGUACUCCUUCGCUGUAUUCAAGGCAAUGAGCCACAUGCUGUGUAUCGGUUAUGGCCGGCAGGCCCCUGAAAGUCUAUCAGAUAUCUGGCUCACCAUGCUGAGUAUGAUUGUAGGAGCUACUUGCUAUGCUGUUUUCAUUGGCCAUGCAACAGCUCUUAUCCAGUCCCUGGACUCCUCCAGACGUCAGUAUCAGGAGAAGUACAAACAAGUGGAGCAGUAUAUGUCCUUCCACAAGCUGCCCGCCGACUUCCGACAGAAAAUCCAUGACUAUUAUGAGCACAGAUACCAGGGCAAGAUGUUUGAUGAAGAGAGCAUUUUGGGCGAACUCAGUGAGCCUCUCAGAGAGGAAAUUGUAAACUUCAACUGUCGCAAGCUGGUGGCAUCCAUGCCGCUGUUUGCCAACGCAGAGCCCAACUUUGUGACAGCCAUGUUGACCAAGCUGCGUUUUGAGGUAUUCCAGCCACAUGAUUACAUUAUAAGAGAGGGCACCAUUGGGAAGAAAAUGUACUUCAUUCAGCACGGAGUCUGCAGCGUCAUCACUAAGGGCACUCUGGCAAUGAAACUCUCUGAUGGCUCUUAUUUUGGAGAGAUCUGUUUAUUGACGAGGGGUCGGCGAACAGCCAGCGUGCGAGCAGAGACUUACUGUCGACUCUACUCUCUGUCUGUUGACCACUUCAAUGAGGUGCUGGAAGAAUAUCCCAUGAUGAGACGAGCCUUCGAGACGGUUGCCAUUGACCGCCUAGACCGCAUAGGUAAAAAGAACUCCAUCCUGAUGCACAAGGUUCAGCAUGAUCUCAACUCUGGUGUGUUCAACAACCAGGAGAACGAGAUGAUCCAGGAGAUUGUCAAGUACGACCGUGAAAUGGUGAAGCUGGUGGACCUGCAGCGGCCGCGGGCCAUGUCUAUGACCCCUUCCAUCGGCGGUAUCUUUGCUCCUCCUGGCCAGCCGCAGUCUGGCUCUGCUAUCGCCACUCUUCAGCAGGCUGUGGCUAUGAGCUUUUGUCCUCAAAUUGCAAAUCCCCUGGUGGGUCCAGGGACUCUGCAGUCUCCUCGUAUGGUGCGAAGGUUCCAGGUGAUGCAGAACCUGGCCAGCCCAGUCUCCAUCUCUCCUCUUCAGUCUCAACCACCCCAGGCGUUCGGAGGGGCAUUUGGAUCUGCAAUUUCCAGCCCACCUGUCCAAAGCCCGCUCGCAGCUUCAGGACGGACUUUUCAGUACAUGGCGAGCGCAGGACCCUCUGGUUCCCAGUUGUCCCUAGUACAGCACCAUGCACCCAGCCCCACACAGACCCAGCAGAGGCCUGCCUCACACAAGAGCACCCACUCCCUUCAUACAGGUAGCUUGAGCCAGGAUACCCGGGCCCUGUCUGCCUCCCAGCCUUCCCUUCCCCAGGAGGGAACGCCACAAGCUGCCUCUGCAGCCCCCAGCCCCCCACCAUCCACCCGCACCUCCAACAACUCCAUCGGCCCCCCUCAGCCCCCUCACCCCAGCCUGCCAGGGCCCUCGGGGGUGGGGAGAUCGGCGGGAGCUCAACAGAGGGUGGCCUUUGCCUCUACACCUCCUCCCGGUGGACCUGCUGGAACGGGGGCAGUAGCAGCAGCUGCUGGAUCAGGACCUCCAGACUCUGGAGUUCCCAAGAAAGAUUCAAUUGUCAGCCUUCCAGAGCUAGACUCUGCCAGAUCCCGGCUGUCUUCCAACUUGUGACCCUGGUAGAGUUCAGGAAAGAGGCCUUUUUUGUAGGAGAAUCUGUUUGUUUUAGGUCAGUCCAGCUGAUCUGUCAUCCUGCUAAAUGACCAAUCAGCUACCGCCAGCGCCACCAGUCAUUCGACCUGGAUGCACUGUGUGCUGGUGUCAGCAGAAGGAAAAGAGCAACUCAAAGUCUUGAGACACUUUGGCUAGGAGGAGUCUAUACAAUUAAACUAGUAUAACUUAAGGUUGAACUGGUCUAGUCUACUGUGCCAGCACCUUUAGUGUUAGUAUCACCCCUUACACUCUGCUUCCAAACACCUACUGUAUAUCGCUGUCUUUACUGUAAAGAUAUGAAGAAAAGUAUGAUUAAUGUAACUAUUGCAUACUGUGUAGAAUCCAUGCAAUGCAAUCUAGCAGGAGCUGGACUUAAAAAUGAAAAUCAGGGACUUGAGGUCAAAUGACAAUGACAUUUUAAGCGUUCAAAAAGUGUUUUGAGUGUAAUUUUUCCGUAUAAGCUGUCGUAGCAAAAGAACACAUUGCUCUUCAUAUUGUUUAAACUAGUAGUGAAAAUAGUGUUUUAGACCGCUGGUCGAUCUUACAUCGAUGUGUAAAUAGUUGAUGAAAAAAGGACGGAGGGAUAUUAUAUUCAUUGUAUCUACCCAAACCAAAGUUGAGCUUGAACACAAAGUCUGGUUGUGUCUGUAUCAACUAAAAAAGAAACAUAGAAGAAAAUGCCAUUUAUUUAACUGCCUUGAUUCAACGUUAGAAGCCAUAUAUUUGGUUUGUGUGUAUGUAUAUAUGUGGGUGUAAGUUUGUGUGCGUGAGUUUGUUGGUACGUUUUGGUUCUAUUUUCAGAGAAUGGACUCACACACUCUCUACACUGCUUUGUCAAGCGUGAUUGGUUUGACAUGCUGACAGUGGCACUGACCUGUUUUCAUGAAACAUCUGGGAGGCGGUCAGCUGUCUGGUCAGCGUACUGAUUGUAACCCUGAAGUCAAAGGUGGUGAAAUAAUCUGAGCUUUAUCAAAAGGAAACAUUUGUGAACAACCCAUACUGUAUACUUGCUUGUUUUUGUCUAAGUUUAUUGAUUAACACAUGCAAUAUAAUUCUGCAAUACUUUACCCCGCCUAUAUAUAAAUAUAUAUGAAUAUAAAUAUCUAUACAUAUGCUGUACAGGAAAGUGAACUUGUUUCUUUUUCCUUUUGUUUUCUUUUUAAUGUGAAAUCUUAAAGAAUCCAGCAGCUAUUGUGGCUUCACUUGAGGUAUUGUAAUCCAGUGACCAUGUUGUUACCUUAACCAAAAAUGUUCGAGGGAGUGAGGGGACGUGCAGUGUCAUUUUUUCGUAAAAGCAGACGGGACAAACUGCUUAAAACUGGUUUAGAGUCACAGGAGGAGUCCACGCUUUGAGUUCAGCAAGUCAGAUCCUCAGAAACGUCACUUUAAAGCCCAUUUGAAGAUAUUAAAUUGUAAGAUGAAUGGGAGGGUUUGGGGCAGGCAAUAUGGGGUACGAAUGCCUCACUUGUAAAAACUCUUUGCUUCAUAUCGAAGUCUAUGUGCCCCUUAUCACCCAAAACUCCCAUGAAUGUCUCAACAUUUUGACCCACAACAAUCCUAUUGUUCAAAUUUUGGGAUUGGGUUGAGGCUUUGGUUAUAUUUAUUCUAAAUAUUCUGAUCCUGCUGAACCUAAAAACCUUCUCUUGCUGAAUGUAUGCCAUACGAGAAGGAAGACAGCUAAUCAGAUUUAAACUGCCAUGUAAAUAAAGGGACAGAGAUUUAAAGAGGCUUUUAUGAUGCAAGGGGGUUGUGGGCAUUGCUGUAUGUGUUGCUGAGUGUCUGUGCGAUCUUUUUAGGUUUGAUUAUGCUUCUCUGGGUAGCACGUUGCUGUAUUUAACCUGUAUGCCCCGCCCCCUUACACCCUAUCCCCAGAUCUAACAUGAGAGGAUACAUUUUUUGGUUCAUUCAUUCAUUGAAGUGGGCGUGAACGAGAGUGAGUCAUAACCACUUUGACCUUCUCGGUCCAAAGCGAGCACUGAGGACAUUCAGUUAAGCACCUUGUGUUGCACUUCGACCUUGUAAUCAAAAUGAAAACUGAUGCUCUAUCCUCCUAAAACGGUUACAGUACUUCUCCUGGACCCAUUAUCUGGUUAAACUGUAAGGACGAAAAGUGAAUCCAAUUGGGAUAGAAAAUAGGCAGCUGAUUCAAUGUGUUAAACAAACACUGCGUCCAACUAUUUCAGCUCUGAGCAUCGAUCCAGAGCCAAGCUGUAAAAUCGAUGCGAUGGACAUUUCACUCAGGUUUGCUACCUUUCCAGAGAGAUGUAUUGAUUGCCGCAGCGUGGCUUUCUAUUGAUUUAUGUAGACUUGUCUAUCCUCCCAUAAUCAACCUGUUGAUUUAACCAUGCUGAAAGAUUCCCUUUGAAUUUUGAUUGGCUGAGAAAAACAAGGAGGAGCUGAUGGAGUCAUAACCCUCAGAUUGUUAUUAGCAUAGCUCGCUGCCGUUUUGUUUUGAUCACUUUUCCUGAGAGCUGUUUAAAUCUUGAAACAAGGUGUAGGUGAUUGUUUUUAUCCAAGGGCUUCAUUAUAUGGCUUGUAAACCCUGGCUCAUUGUUUCUGUAGAGCGGCCACAUUUUCACUUUCUGUUUGAUCAGUAACAUGCACUAAACCUUGUUUUUUGUCAUACCUGGGUCAAAGUGCUGCAACCCGCUUCAUCAGCAACACGGGAACUUUGUAUUGCUUUUUUUCUAUGGGAAAGGAGCCGAGUCCAUUUGAGUCAAUAGCUGUUGUGUGCUUCAGUACUGUUCCAGUACAAUCAAUUGGUCCCCUUCCCUAUUCCUUUGUGCUAAUACCAGAGUAUGCCCUAUUAAGCUGCUAUCAGGACUGUGCUGAUAUUAUUUGAAAGAGUCCACAGUCAGUGAGAGCAAGAUGGAAGGAGAGUUAAAGAGCUAAUGUUUCAGGCAAUAUCAGGCACAGUUUCUAUUUCAUUGCAUCCAUCCAGUAAGAUACUGUAGUGUGUAAUUCACUCCCGCUCAAAGGAUGGCAUCCCAGAUACUUUGAUCAGUACCACUCUGUUUCAACCCUCGGCCAUGAGGCUUAUACAGCCCUGGCAAAGCACAUACUUCUGUCAGUUAUCUGUUUUGUGUCUGUGUCACAAGUCGGCUAAAACAGUCGGCUUCCAGCCACUGUCGACGUGUGUGUGAUGUAGCGCUGUAUUUGCCUGAUGACGGGGGGUUCAAAGUGCGAUUGUUUAAUGGUUCUUCUUCUGGACCUUGCUGUGAAGUGGGAUUGAAAUCCCUCAUACAUGUUUGACACUGACUGACAAUUAUUGAGAGUAUCUAAGUUUCAAACCUCUCAUUCUUGCUGUACCAGAUAUUAAGGGUACUGAAUGCCUUGGUGUUGAUAUGUUAGCAAAUCAGGGUAUUAUUUUUGUUUGUAAAAGUGUCUUUGAUUUAUCAGUAUAUUUUGUUUGGUUAUUGUUUUUGCAAUGUGCCCCAUGCACAUGGACUGUAUAUACCUUGUGCCUAGUAUAUCUAGUUUCCACAUAGUCUAUUUUUGUGGUAUGUAUGUGCCUGUAAAAAUGCAAAUAUGUGUUUUUAUUUUCAACUUGCAAUAUAUGUAAAAAAAACAUUAGAUAAAGACUAGUAUUGCUGAAUUAAAAUGACAAUGUCAGUAUAUAUAAUUUUCCCUGAUUUGGGAAACACAAAAUUGCACAUUUUUGUUGGUUUGAGCCUUCCAACACCAUGCGCGCUGUACUCUGUACUUUCAUGUUCUGUACAUAUGGUAUACACAGAGAUGUGGGGCACAUUGUUGUGUUUUACCACAACCUGCUGUAUAAGAAACAUUUUCUACAGUGAGAGGGUGAGCUCUGACAGGCUUCUGGUGGAUAUCGGCAGUCUAGACGUUAGCUUAGAUGACCUGCUCGCUGCACAGAGCCAAAAAUGACAGAGAAAAGAAUUAAUAAAAUGGUGGAGAUGCCCACACAAUAUCAAUACAGAAACAAAAACUAGCCUGUGCACAUUCUGGAAAAUCUUUCUCAAACAAUAUUGUUGCACAGGUCUUUAAACUCUGAUGCUGGUUACACACUGAUCUAUUGUUUGCCAUUAAAAAAAGAAGAAGAAAAGAUCUCUCCAAGGCUGAAUUUGGCUCACGAGCCACAGCAGUCACAAGCUCGACUACCGGUUGAGUUACCUUCACAGAUAAUAGCAGAGUGCAUGCUUGUAUUUUUCUUAUCUAAGCAGUAUGAUUCUUAGUGGGACCUUCAAAUCUAGACAUUGUCGUGCAUCAACUACUGUACAAUGAUUUUAUUUAGUCUAACAGUUAAACCUUUGUGUCGUAGCUACUGUAGCCUGCUUAGCUUACCUAAGCCUUCUCUCUGCUUCAGGACUCUGUGUAUUGUGUGCUUGAGUUUGUGUGUGCGUGUGUGUGUUCCUGUGCCUUUCCUUCUAUAAUGUUGGUCCCACUUGAGAAUAUGAUGCCAUUUAGGGGUUUGAAACCCACGUGAAGCUGAGAGAGACGCCAGCACAAGCUGGAAAGUGUUACACGGUCACAACUCCGCUUGUUAUAAAAAAAAAAACCCAACACUGUAAUGCUCCUAGAAAUGACUCUUGCACAUCCCUAGACUUAGUAGCAUUCCACAGCAUGCACGAGCAGCUCGGUGUGGGCAUCCAGACACACUUUACCAGCACCAUGUAGACAACAGCACAGAUAUCUGACACCACAUGUGUCCUCUCUCUCUCUGGAGGCCAAUCUGCAACCAUCUCAGGCUGUGCUCGGCUUCCGCUCUUAACAAAAGGUUCAAGUAUUUCAGAACUCCAGCUCUGUCUAAGUUGAUGUCUACAAUCCAGGGACAAAUCAGCUCCCAGCCUAAGCCGCAGCACUUCCAAAUCGAUCUCAAAGGAUCAGGGGGGAUACUUGGGAUGCUGGUGAUAUUUGUUGCCGUCCAGUCCUUUCAGACUGAGAUGCACAGCUGGUGGCGAGGGCGUGGGGCUGAUUUGAGCCUGCGUCCAAAAGGCUGUCUUGUCCACCACCUCUGCUGGCCGAGAACACAGAGCCACACCCUGGUCUCUCUCAAUAAGCUGGUCUGUCAGUCAGUGGCAAUGUCGUUUAAGCGUUCGUAAAAAGACGAUACAUUGUUGUGCAAUAAAAAGAUGAGCGCAUUGGCAUACUUA